AUGACGCCCAACAUGGUUGCGCGAAUUGGCUUCUUGUGCCUUCUGAACAUAUGGCUAAGUACAUUUUCAUCUUCCCUUCUGAAGAAUACAAUGGGGAGCAACUUUUACGUUGCGUCCCAUGGGGUAGAUAAAAUGCAGAUGGAUUUUCCGCAUCGCGUGCAUGGUGAUCUUACCUCAGAAAAGGCCAACCAAAAGAACAGCCCCAUUUUAAUCAAAUUGAUCAAGGAAGACAUACCAUCAAAAAAAAUGACAACAUACUAUGGCCAAGUGGCCAUCGGGGAGAAAUCGGAAAAUGUGAUAAAUGUUUUAUUCGACACGGGUUCUACUGAGUUUUGGAUUCCUUUCGAAAAUUGUAGAGGAGAUAAUUUUCCCGACUCUCACAAUAAAUAUAAGCGCACGAAAUCAUUUAAAAAUAAAUUUAACAAGGAAGGCAUCCCAACGUUGUUGGAGAUUAAUUAUCUCAGUGGGAAAAUCAUCGGGUUUGACGGAUACGACACCAUAAAGUUAGGCGCAAAUCUGUCCGUUCCGAACACAAACAUUGCCUUUGCUACGAAGAUAGAAAUACCCGUCUUAGAAGAAUUUAAGUGGGAUGGUAUUUUAGGUCUCGGGUUUGAGAACGCGGAUUCAAGGCAGCGCGGGAUUAAGCCUUUCUUGGACCAUUUGAAGGAUGAAAAUAUCUUAACAGAGAUGGGCUACAAGAACCAGUUUGGCUACUACCUAUCUGACGGAGGGGGAUUUAUCACCUUCGGAGGGGUGGACAAUCGGUUGAAGAGAUCACCCGAGGAGGAAGUUAUGUGGAGCCCCGUCUCGACCGACAUGGGUUUUUGGACAAUUGACAUCAUGGGAGUAAGGAAGGAAUACGCACCAGAUGUUAGCGUCAAAGGGAAGGUGGACGAGGUUGUCGUGAAGUACGAAGGUUUUCAUGAUGGAGGGAAGAAGUCCAUUGUUGACACAGGGACGUUCUUCAUAUAUGCUCCGAAGAGAACAAUGGAAGGUUACCUGAACGAUUUGAAAGUAAAUUCUUGUGAGGAUAAAGAGAAGCUCCCUUAUAUUGUAUUUCAAAUAAAGUCCAAGGGAAUUGAAGGGAUAGAAGGUUCAGCCAUCAUCGAAUUGGUUAUGUCGCCAAACGACUACGUUAUUGAGUAUUUGAAUGAAGAAAACUGGACCAGAGAAUGCGUCCUCGGAAUUGAAGCGGACGAACACAAGGACGAAAGCCAAAUAGACGGAUGGACACUGGGACAAAUAUUUAUAAAAUCAUACUACACCAUUUUCGAUAAGGACAAUUUACAAAUAGGCUUCGUUAGGAGUAAAGAAGAAAGAAGAAACAAUAAAAAGGAUGACCAUUUUAGGAGGUCAUUUCUUAACUUAAGGACAAAGAGGAGCAGUGAUAAUGCCCGUCAGAGAGGGACUUACAGUGGACCCCUCUUAGUUUAA